AUGACUUCAUCAACCACGUCUACCUCACCGGUAGCCCAGUUCUUUGAAAUCACAUCCAAAUACCCUGCUUUAACCGUGGGUUUAACCAUAUUCACCUUCUUUUUAUAUAUCAUUGAUGAUUUCUUCUUAUCAUUUUAUCUUGCCCAUAAAUUUUCAUUAAGUCCUCAAUCUAUAGGUGAAUUCGAUUUAAAUAGAGUGUCAUUCUAUAUUUUAUAUCAUAAGAAUAUCCUUCAUUGGUUAUUUAAUGUGGUAACUUUAUUCACUCCAUUGGCCAUUUUUGAAAGAAAUCAUGGUACUGUUCAUACUGGAAUUACCUUAAAUUUAUUAGCAGUGGUAACUGCUAUUCAAUAUACCAUUGUUGGUCUUUUCCUUUAUCCAGAUACUAGUGUGAUUGGAUUAUCUGGAAUUGCGUUUUCAUUCUUAAGUUAUUUAGCUUUUAAUGAAUCUAAACUUAGAAAAACCAUUCAUUUAUUUCAUUAUAAUAAUAGAGAUUAUACCAUUCCAACGUUAUAUACUCCCGUGAUUACUUUAUUCUUAUGUUUGAUCUUGAUUCCAGGUUCAUCCUUCUUUGGUCAUUUAUUUGGAUUAACUUCAGGUUAUUUAUUAAGUUUUGGAUAUAUUAAAUUCUUAUACCCACCCCCAAAAGUGGUUUUAUUUAUUGAAAAUAAAUUAUCGGGGGCAAUUGCUAAAUUAGAUGGAUUAGUGAUCUUUUAUAAAGAAGAAGAUAAUCAUCGUGAAAUCAGUUAUACUUCUCAUUUCGAUAAAGAUUUAGAAUUAGGUUCUUUCUUUAAUUCAUUAACUUCUUCCACUGGUAUUACAGCAACUUCCACUUCCACCACCACUGCUGCUGCCACUGAACAAACCACUUUCAGAGGUGAUGGUCAUGUCUUAGGAGCUUAA